UCAGGUCGUUUCUAUCUUAUUUAAGUCUUACUCUAUGUUUAAGUUAAUAAGUAAAAUAGACGUGAAAGGGAGUGUAGAUAGAUCAGCUAUUUUUAGUAUUACUUGAUUUACAUCCAUGUAUUUUAUUUGAUUUGCUGUUGUCUGAGCUAACAACUUAUUGCGAUGGUGCCAGAGUACUGACACUUUUGAUGUAUCAUUGUAUUGUGCUGUGAUUUACCAAGGAAGUUUUGUGUGGUCUGUGUGUUGAUCUAAAAUCGAGUGAGCACUGCAUCAAGGUUACCAUGGAUUCAGCUGGUAAACGUGCAUGCACGAGGCGCAAACAGCCCACCCCAAGGAGUGGACAUGUUGCUGUGACGUACGGUGACCUCAUGCUUAUUUGGGGAGGCUAUAGUGAUUUUCCAGAACUGGAUCAAACGAAUGGCCACGGUGAUCUGUACUUGGAUGGCAAGGAAGUUUGGUGUUACAACAUAGAAGCACAGCUAUGGGACGUAUGGAACACUAGGAGUAGCCCCCCUGGAAUGUCUGGAAGCUGUGCAGCAUGUGUCCGCAAUCACAUGUAUGUCUUUGGUGGAUUUAAUGAAAACUUCAACUCGAAUGAGCUUUACAGAUUGAAUCUUAAGACCAAGGUUUGGAGCCAACUUAAGCCGGACGGUGAAGCCCCAUCUCCAAGGGACAAGCUGACAUGCUGGGCGUAUGAAGACAAGCUCAUAUUCUUUGGAGGAUUUGGUCAGCCUCCCUUCCGUGAAGAUGCAAUGAAUAACAGCAUAGGAGAGUGGCAUCUAGACCCAACCUCAGUUCGUCUCUGGGCAGAGUCGAUACGGGGAUGGAACAAUCAUCUAUACGUGUAUAACAUCACAGAGAACAGAUGGAGCCAUGUAGAGGCGCAGAGAAACCAGCCUUCUCCAAGGGCUGCCCACGGCUGCGUUGUCCUGGGUAAUCGAGGCUAUGUUUUGGGCGGUCGCUUUCAAGAAAAUCGUCUCAAUGACGUCCAUUUCUUGGAUCUUGACACUAUGAAGUGGAGUGGAAGUUUACCUGUGACCGGUGAGAUUCCUGUGGGUCGAUCAUGGCACUGUAUGGCACCAGUCAGUAACCGACAUUUCUUAGUCUACGGUGGCUAUAGCACAGAUAAUGUACCCCUCAAUGACGUAUGGAUAUUUGAUGUUGACAGUCGAACAUGGCAUCAGCAGAAAAGUGUACCCUCAGAAACAAGGAUGUGGCACACUGCGGUGCAAGGAAUAGAUGUUGGAGAAACCGUCAUCUUCGGCGGAUGUAGCAACAAUCUCUUAAACCCUGAAGAGAGAAGCGUCCACUCCAGAAAGGUCAUUACUCUCUCAUUCAGCCCAAUAAGUCUCUCAAGACUCAGCAUAGAGGCCAUCGUCAGUGAUAUAGAUGUACUGAAGAGUGAACUCAGCUCUCUGCCGACGUUACUACAACGGAAGGUAGAGCUACGUCUACACAGUUCAUCGCCAGAGAGCUCCAAAAGCCACGAUUACAACCUCAGAUCAAGACCUCGUAGUUUAUGACGCCAGUUUCUCACUAGUACUUUUUAUACCAUGAUUGAGUAUUUAUACCAUCAUUGAGGCCUGCGUCUCACACAAACCCAAUUUCGUAAAGCUUGUAAGCAUAAAAACUUGCGAAGCACAGACAAAAUCUUGCUUAACAGAAACUGGUUACCAGCCAAAAUUCCAUAAAGUUGACAUUGUUGCACCCGGUGCCCCACUCAUUUUUGGCUAAACAAGGAACUUUUCUAAGCAGUAUUUUAUGUUGAGCAGCUUUAUGAAAUUGGGUCAUGGAAUGUUCAUGACAAGUUUUUUCAAAAUUUCCCUGACUGCAGAUUUUGUUGGUGCAAGUACAUACAAAAUCCUGUGCUCUUGCAGCCAUGUCAUUGAAUACACCACAAAGUACAUCGUCUUUUUCACGUCAUUUCAUCACUCAAUUUUUAGGAAGUAGUCGUGGAAUAUGCCUGGUUGUAUUCUUCCUUUAAACAAUUCUAUUCAGUGCCUUUCUAUAUGAAUAGUAGGAUUUGAAACUUGGUGGGGAGUAUAAUACAAGGCGAGGUUUGCAGUAGCGCACUGGUGGUGUUCCUUUGUAACUAGAGGAUUGGAAUACAUUUCUCCUAAAAAUAAUUGGUUUGUUAUUUUUAUUUAUUUGAAGAGGACAUUGUUUUGAAACAUUUUGAACCACAAAGUGACAGAAGACUUGUUUGUCAUAAUCAUAUAUAUGGAGUGAUAGUUUCCUGGUUGAAACUCAAAUCAAAAUGCACAAACAAAAAUGCUAAAUUGAUUUGUACAUAAUGUACAUAUAUUGUAUACCAUUUAUUCAUAUUAUCCUUUUUUAUACAAACAAAUAAUCAAAACAUACGUGGCUCAAAUUUCCUUCUUUUGCUGCAUUAGGAUUACACAAAUAAAGAAAAGUAAUUGUUAUGCAGGGUUUGAAUCACAAGGAGAUGUUUAGUAUUAUCAUGGAAAUCAUAUGUUAAUCGUAACUUGCCCCGAAUGAAUGGAUUCCACAAAGCCAACUAUACCGU